CGCGCUGAGCUGGAGAUGUGGAUGCAGCCGGCACGACAGAAACAGGAAGGGCCGCUCCUGGCUGGGGGAAUGUCCAAGUCACGGACCUGCUUUGGUUAUCCGCUGAGCAUCUUCUUCAUCGUGGUCAAUGAGUUCUGUGAGAGGUUCUCCUACUAUGGCAUGAGAGCACUGCUGGUUCUGUACUUCCGAAACUUCAUCGGCUGGGACGAUGAUCUGUCCACUGCCAUCUACCACACAUUCGUUGCCCUCUGCUACCUGACGCCAAUCCUCGGAGCUCUUAUCGCUGACUCGUGGCUGGGGAAGUUCAAGACAAUUAUAUGGCUCUCCAUCGUCUACACCAUUGGACAAGGAGUCAUCUCAAUAAGCUCAAUUAAUGACCUCACAGACCACAACCACGAUGGAACCCCAGACAGCAUACCCACACACGUGGUGCUGUCCAUGAUCGGCCUGGUCCUGAUCGCUCUCGGCACAGGAGGAAUCAAACCCUGUGUGUCGGCGUUUGGUGGUGAUCAGUUUGAGGAGGGCCAGGAAAAGCAAAGAAACAGAUUUUUUUCCAUCUUUUAUUUGGCCAUCAAUGCUGGAAGUUUGCUUUCCACCAUCGUCACUCCCAUCCUCAGAGUUCAACAAUGUGGAAUUCACAGUCAACAAGCUUGUUACCCACUGGCAUUUGGGGUUCCUGCUGCUCUCAUGGCUGUAUCCCUAAUUGUAUUUGUCAUCGGCAGUGGGAUGUAUAAGAAGUUCCAGCCACAGGGCAAUAUCAUGGGUGAAGUGGCCAAGUGCAUCGGUUUUGCCAUCAAAAACAGAUUUAGGCACCGGAGUAAGGAAUUUCCCAAGCGGAGGCACUGGCUGGACUGGGCUAAAGAGAAAUACGACGAGCGGCUUAUCUCUCAAAUUAAGAUGGUUACAAGGGUGCUGUUCCUGUAUAUUCCGCUCCCCAUGUUCUGGGCCUUGUUUGAUCAGCAGGGCUCCCGGUGGACACUGCAAGCGACAACUAUGAGCGGGAGAAUUGGAGCUGUUGAAAUCCAGCCGGAUCAGAUGCAGACUGUGAAUGCCAUCCUGAUUGUAAUCAUGGUCCCUGUCUUUGAUGCUGUGAUCUAUCCUCUCAUUGCCAAAUGCGGCCUCAAUUUCACCUCCCUGAAGAGGAUGACAUUCGGAAUGUUCCUGGCUUCCAUGGCCUUUGUGGCAGCGGCAGUGGUGCAGCUGGAAAUUGAUAAAACUCUUCCGGUCUUCCCUGAAGCACACCAUGUCCAAAUUAAAGUCCUGAAUGUUGGAAAUGAUAACGUAAUGGUAUCUUUUCCUGGAGAAACGGUGACACUGGGCCAGAUGUCUCAAACAGAUACGUAUAUGACUUUUGAUGCAGACCAACUGACAAGCAUCAACAUGUCUUCCCCCGGCUCACCGGUCACUGCGGUGGCCCACGACUUUGAGCAGGGCCAUCGCCACACACUCCUAGUGUGGGGCCCCAGUGACUACCAUGUGGUAAAGGAUGGGCUUAACAAAAAGCCAGAGAAAGGAGAAAAUGGAAUCAGAUUUGUAAAUACUUUUAACAACGUGGUCAACAUCACAAUGAGUGGGAAAGUUUUUGAAGAUGUCACCAGUCAUAAUGCCAGCAAGUAUCAGUUUUUUUCUUCUGGCAUAAAAAACUUCACAAUAAGCUCAACAGAGUUUCCAGAAUCGUGUCGACGUGAUUUUGAAUCUUCCAACCUUGAAUUUGGUAGCGCUUAUACCUAUGUGAUUGAAAGGCAGAGUGAUGGGUGUCCCGGAAUAAAGCAAUUUGAAGAUAUUGCACCCAACACAGUCAACAUGGCUCUGCAGAUCCCGCAGUAUUUCCUUCUCACCUGUGGCGAGGUGGUCUUCUCUGUCACAGGACUGGAGUUCUCAUAUUCACAGGCUCCCUCCAACAUGAAGUCGGUGCUUCAGGCGGGAUGGCUGCUGACGGUGGCUGUUGGCAACAUUAUCGUGCUCAUUGUGGCGGGGGCAGGCCACUUCAGCGAACAGUGGGCUGAGUACAUUCUGUUUGCCGCAUUGCUUCUGGUCGUCUGUAUCAUAUUUGCCAUCAUGGCCUGGUUCUAUACUUAUGUGAAUCCAGUGGAGGUCGAAGCUCAGUUUGAUGAGGAAGAAAAGAAAAGGAGCGCGGGAAAGAGUGACCUGUAUCCCACGUUGGAGUCAGUCUCACAGACGAAGAUGUGAAGCUCAGUAAGCACGUGGAAAGUGGACUGAGCCAGCUUGUGCCUUGACCUUUGAGCCCAGAGGCAGGCCCUUCCACUGGGUGGCCCUUGAUGGGAGGACUUCGGAACUGUGAGCAAACCCAGAAAGCUGCUUUCUAAGGAGUUAGCGAUGAGUCAAAACUUCUAGAGGAAGUCUUCUUUUGCGGGGGAAGUUUUGUUUACCACCCCCUGCAUUUUUAACAGAGAAUUUACCUUGUAUUUAACUCCUCUCUAGCUACACAAAUUAAAUUAGUUUGGACUAACUUAAUUUUGAAAGGGUAAAAGAGUUCCAUUAUUUUUUUUCUAAAACUCCUAUGAGAACAAUGUUAAAUGAGAAGAAGCUAAUGCCAAAAAUGAAUUUGCAGGUUUAUAAUAAGUGCCAGCUAGUUUUAACUGAUAACUUUUUGUUUUUCUAAUCCCUACCUCUUUUUAAUUAUGUACAACUCAAAAGACAACUCAAAUGAAGGCCAGUAAUGAUGUUAAAGUUUCAGUGAUGUGAGAUAAAUUCCUGUUCUUAAGAGUGAGUGUUUGUGUGUCUUUGGGUUGGAUAAGAAAUCUUUAACGUCCUGUCUAGUUAUAAAAGCACUGUGUGCACAUUGAAAUUUCAUCAGAAGUGAUGAAAGCCUUAACAAAUGCAGUGCCCUCAUAGGAUAAAUCCCAGGGACAUGCAACAUCGAAGUCUGUUUCUUCUUGGCCCUGUUUUUCCCAGAGGGUAAAAGAUCUGUGUCUUGUAUCACUAGGAUCUCUCUAUGUGCCUAUAUGUGUACAUCGUGUGUGUUUCUCUCACUCCUGAUAAGCAUUUUUCUGUUUGAAAUAAAAACUCUUC